CGGCCCUCGCCGACGAAAAUUUUCGUUUUUUUCGUUCUCGUUUUUCUUGCUGUUGGAAGCGCAAGCGCCGUCGUCCCCUCCGUUCUCCCGACAUAUUCGCCUGCAGGAAAAUGUUCCUCCUCAAGUCUGCUAGAUUGGGCAUGGCCUCGAAGGCCCUGACCCGAUCCUUCUUGACCAACGUUGCCCCUCGUCCUGCGGCCAAUACCCUCGCCCACACCUACGCCAAAUCCCUCAACAACGUCCCCGAGACCAAGGUCACUCGCCUUCCCAACGGCUUCACCGUUGCGACCGAGAGCAACCCCAACUUCCAGACUGCCACCGUUGGUGUCUGGAUUGAUGCCGGCUCCCGCUUCGAGAACGAGAAGAACAACGGCACUGCUCACUUUUUGGAACACAUGGCCUUCAAGGGUACCAAGUCCCGCACCCAGCUCCAGCUGGAGACCCAGAUCGAGAACAUGGGCGGCCACCUGAAUGCCUACACCUCGCGCGAGCAGACCGUCUACUACGCCAAGUGUCUCUCCAGCGAUGUUGGCUCCUCGGUCGAGAUUCUCUCGGACAUUCUCCAGCGAUCCAACUACAGCGAGGACGCCAUCGAGCGCGAGCGCGACGUUAUUCUCCGCGAGUCUGACGAGGUCGAGAAGCAGAAGGAGGAGGUUGUCUUUGACCAUCUCCACGGCACUGCCUUCCAGGGCAACUCCCUCGGCUACACCAUUCUGGGAUCCCGCGAGAACAUCAAGAGCAUCACCCGUGCCGACCUCGUCGAGUACGUCGAGAAGAACUACACCCCCGACCGCAUGGUUCUUGUCGGUGCCGGCGGCGUCGACCACGAUGCCCUUGUCAAGCUGGCUGAGAGCCACUUUGGCGGCCUGAAGGCCAGCUCCACCGGCCGAUCGCAGAUCCUCAAGCCCCGCUUCGUCGGCUCGGAUGUCCGUGCCCGCUACGAUGACCACCCCUACGCCCACGUUGCCCUUGCCGUCGAGGGUGCUUCUUGGACCAGCUCGGACUACUGGGCCCUGCUUGUCGCUCAGGCCAUCGUUGGAUCCUGGGACCGCUCGCUCGGCGCCGCCGGCCACGUCUCCUCCAAGCUGGCCCAGAAGGUCCACGAGUUCAGCCUUGCCAACUCGUUCAUGUCCUUCAACACCUCUUACUCGGACACUGGUCUCUUUGGCAUCUACGCUGUUAGCGAGAACUUUUUGGCUCUGGACGACCUUGUUCACCACAUCCAGCAGGAAUGGCACCGCCUCGCCAUGAGUGUCUCUGAGGCCGAGGUCUUCCGCGCCAAGAACCAGCUCAAGACCUCGCUCCUCCUCUCUCUCGAUGGCACCACUGCCGUUGCUGAGGAGAUUGGCCGCCAGCUGCUCGUCUACGGCAGACGCCUCACCCCCUGGGAGGUCGAUGGCCUGAUCGAGAAGGUCACCGCCCAGGACGUCAUGAAGGUUGCCUCGGAGUACAUCUACGACAAGGAGGUUGCUGUCGUUGGCUACGGCCAGGUCGACGGUCUCCAGGACUACAACCGCCUCCGCGCUGCCAUGUCGCCGAUCUACUACUAGAUUCUCAUUUUGUGUUCACUUCCAUCAUUACUGUCCUCUCCCCUCUCGCUCUGUUCUUAUAUGCUCCACUGCCGGAGAUGCGGAAUACAAUAUUGUGAAUAUGCCCAACAUAGGCACAAUUUCCCCUCCUCCUCCUUCCCUUUUGCGAUUCUCGAGUUUCCGACACCCGAAGCGCCCUCACCCUAAUAUAGCUCAGUCAAUGCCGCUGA